CUGAAUGUUUUGUUUCGUUUCGCUCAUAUAGCUUUCUCACAGAGGGACAGUAGUUCAACUAUUCUCUUAAAAUGUUUGCCUCCGCGUGCAUUCUCUCAUUACUGAUAGCACUGCAGCUUUCUUCUUCUUUGGCUGUAGUGGAGUGAAUCAGCUGGUGUUGGCAACGCGUAAGGGAAACGUCAUUUUGGCUUUAAAUUGCUGUGGCUUGAAUGGCCUUAUGCAUGUGUAGCCUAUAGGAAGCUGCAGCAGUCCUGUCUUCUCUGUCUGUUGGGUUCUAAACGUCAGCGCCUCCGCGAAGAGACCAGAUACCAAGAUAUGGCUGGACAGCAAUGAACUUACACCCAUGGGAAGUAAAGGCAAAAUGGUGUCGUUGAUGGUAACGACACUGGAUGUACACACAUUACGCGCGGAGUAUGAAGGAAUCUCCCAUGUGUGGAACUUUUCAGUUGUUUUCAAUUCCAUCAAUGUGAGCAGUGCGCACAGAACUGCGUAUCUCCCCCCCAGCGGAAGUGGGGGCAGGUAUUUCAACUCUUAUGGAAGAAUGCCACGGGACUCCACUCUUGCCCAUGCACUUAAUGAGCUGGAAAACCAUUGCUUGACCUGGGAAGCUCUCAAGGCAUUCCAGCCAAAUGAAGUGUUUCCCUGUGAAAACGACACUCAUUAUCUCUACCAAAAGGAGGACUUUAUCAUUGCACUUGGCCACACCCACCGCUUUCCACUGAGGGCGGAGUCGCGGGGUGCCUCCACGCUAUUGGUCUCCUGGCGAGGGAGCCCCCAUGUCCCCCCCGACCCCCUGCACAGAGUGGUGCUGUACCGGCCGGACCUGGACGGCCUGGCGGUCCUGUGCAACGAGACCACGCGCAGGGGGCACUACCGAUUCGCUGGCCUGGACGGCUGCCGGAGCUACGUGGCGUGUGUGGAGAUGGCGCUCGGCCCCGCGGUCCUGUGCCUCACCGCGCUGACCGGUAAGAGUGCGUCUGCCCCCCCACGGUCCUGUGCCUCACCGCGCUCACCGGUAAGAGUGCGUCUGCCCCCCCCACCCCCCCACAGUCCUGUGCCUCACCGCGCUGACCGGUAAGAGUGCGUCUGCCCC